UUAUUGAUAAACAAACCACAUAAAACCACAAUCGGUCUUUCGGUUUGUGAUUGUUGUGACGGAUAGACGUGUUGGGUACACUGCAACAACGUCGACGUAAAUAAAACACAAAAGACAAUUUUAUAUCACAAAGCUGUCGAAUAAAUUCAAGAAACAUGGCAGGCAGAGACAGUGCAACGAAUCAGAUGGAAAACAACAAGAAGUUGUUGGACAAGAUGGAGCGUCUUACGACAUCCACCGGUAUGCCCAUUGACAACAAGCAGGCAACAAUGACCGCAGGACCACGAGGUCCGGUACUUAUGCAAGACUUUGUAUUCAGUGAUGAGAUGGCUCACUUUGGAAGAGAAAGGAUUCCGGAACGCGUAGUCCACGCUAAGGGAGCAGGUGCAUUUGGUUACUUUGAGGUGACCCAUGACAUCACUAAGUACACAAAAGCCUGUGUCUUUGAGUCCAUUGGAAAGAAGACUCCUGUUGCUGUCCGCUUCUCAACAGUCGGUGGUGAGUCUGGGUCGGCUGACACAGCUCGUGACCCUCGUGGCUUUGCCAUUAAGUUCUACAGUGAAGAUGGCAACUGGGAUCUCGUGGGUAAUAACACCCCAAUCUUCUUCAUGAGAGAUCCUAUCUUCUUCCCAAGCUUUAUUCAUACACAGAAGAGGAAUCCAGUCACUCAUCUCAAGGACCCUGAUAUGUUCUGGGAUUUCAUCACACUACGCCCUGAAUCUACUCAUCAAGUAAGCUUCCUCUUUAGUGAGCGUGGAACCCCCGAUGGUUACCGUCAUAUGAAUGGUUACGGCAGUCACACCUUUAAGCUUGUCAAUAAGGAGGGAGAAGGAGUGUACUGCAAAUUCCACUUCAAAUGCGACCAAGGAAUCCGUAACUUAACCGCCUCACAGGCAGACUCAAUUGCAUCCAGUGACCCAGACCAUUCCAUCCGUGACCUUCACAAUGCCAUCGCUACCAACAACUUUCCAUCUUGGAGCCUGAAGAUUCAGGUCAUGACCUUUGAGCAGGCAGAGAAACACAGAGAUAAUCCAUUUGACUUGACUAAGGUGUGGUCCCAGAAGGAGUUCCCACUCAUCCCUGUUGGCAAGAUGGUUCUCAACCUCAACCCCAGGAACUACUUCGCUGAGGUGGAGCAGAUUGCCUUUGCCCCAGCUCACAUGAUCCCAGGCAUUGAGCCCUCUCCUGACAAGAUGUUGCAGGGACGUCUGUUCUCCUACCCAGAUACCCAUCGUCAUCGUCUUGGAACCAACUACCUUCAGAUUCCUGUCAACUGCCCGUACAAAGCCAAGACUCGUAACUACCAACGUGAUGGGCCACAGUGCGUCACUGACAACCAGACUGGAGCACCCAACUACUACCCAAACAGCUUCAACGGCCCCACGGAUGACAUGAAGUAUGCUCAACAGACCUUCAGCACCAGCGGUGAUGUGGCUCGCUACAACACCAAAGAUGAUGACAACUUCACCCAGCCAGGAAACUUCUGGAGGAAUGUUCUCUCUCCAAGUGAACAGAAUGCCUUAGUCUCCAACAUGGCCGGUCACCUGAAGGGUGCUCAAGACUUCCUUCAGAAGAGAGCGGUUGAGAAUUGGUCUCAGUGCGACAAGGAAUGGGGACGCCGCCUGCAAGCUGCGCUGGAUGAAUACAAGGCAGCAGCCGGUAAAGCUGCUGUUGCGAAAAUGUAGAGUGAAUGUUCCCCCUAGUGCAUCUGCUCUUCAUCAUCAAGAUGCAAGACUUCCAUCUGAAAAUGGAGCUGAGAGGUCAGUUCUCAACCUGACAUUGAUAACAAGUCUGAUGACACCCUAGCUUUAUCAAAUAUUGAUUUCCAUAAUGUUAAAAGGAUGUCCAGUUUGAAUUUUCAAGUAAUUGCAAUUUUUCCAUUUUUAUAAGUGAAGUUCUUUGAAGGAUCUAAUUUUAGCAAUGCACUUGAGGCAGACGUAAUGAAAGUUUUUGUCGCUGUAUAUGGCACUACAGGUACGUGCCCCCCCCCCCCCCCCCCGUUUUGUCUGUCUUUCAUUUUUGUUUGUUCUUUACGUUUGUUCUUUACGUUAGAUUUUGCCUAUGCAUAUAUGUAGAACACCUAGCGAAAUGUGGAGACGGCUAUAAAGUGACAUUUUGAUUGUAUAUGAAACAUGGAGAAGUCAUUUUGAGGGUUAUUUGUGAUCUGCUACAAUUUUAUUUUUAUGCCAUAAAUCCAAAAGGUGCCUUUCCUGCUGAAUCAGAAAGUAAACAUCAGCAGUUUUUGUUUUAAAUUAACUGUAAUUUGUAAAUGUAAUUGAGUUUAUGAAAGCAAGAUUGUUUUCAUAAUACGAGUGACAGUUAUAUAAUUAUAUCCCAUCAUAGAAUGGUCUGUAACAAUCUUUUGAUAGAAAAAUAUACUAAAAUUAUAUCUUACUUUUUAAAUAUCAUAGUAAUUAUUAAAUAAUAACAGCAGUACCUCAAUCUAAAAUAAAGUUAUGAUCAAACUAUUUCGUCAAUAUUGAGAAAAUACACCAGAACAUCAAUAUCAGAAAUGUAUCUUGCACAAUCAUGAAGCAAUUGAAGUCGAAAAAAAAAGAGUCUUUAUGAAUUAGUCUUUUAGUUUAUAUUUUGGUUUAUAUUUCGGUUUGGUAUUCAAAUUUAUAUAACCAGUUUGAGAUUAUUGAGGUAGGAUGAUUGGUGAUUGGUGCAGCACUGCAAUUAUUCUGGUAAAGGUACAUAUUUGUAGCAUUUACUCAGUUUUAAACAUUGGUUUAAAGGUGGUUGGGGUACCAAAAUAAGUUAAAAUACAGACGAUGCUCUCACAAGUUACAUAAUGGUCUAUGCACAAUCAACACCAAGAUGAAUGAACUAGGAAAUGGAUAAGCCCCGUGCCAUGGCUGUACAUUUAUACCAAACCCAUCAAGUUCAAGUAGAAACCGUGCUGUUGAUUGUGGAGGGUUUUAAGUACCAAGCAGAAUAAUCAAGAUCAUCAGAAAAGAUCUCCUUUUUUAAGUUGUUUUGUUAGCUCCAAGGAAAUAAAACAGUCUUGAUAUUGCAGGAAAAAUUAACCCGUUAUUUUAAUGUAGUAUAGUUGUUAAUCAUUCCAACUGUGUGAUAAAAUAAAAUUUAUCAUAUUAUACUUUUCA